AUGACAGGCACUGUUAACGGGCUGUUUAACAGAGAGAAGGCGUUUUUAGAGAAUCUAUUAGCGAAGCAUAAGAAGGGAACAACAAAUUCUGUGAAGCAGGCGUUAAAGAGCGAGUAUGAAAAGGCUGCAAAAGCUGUGCUCAAUAAGGGUCUUCGCGCACUUUCUAUAGAAGUGCAAUUUAUGCAGAAUGUGAAGAAGGGCAUCAUGUGGUUUAUUGAUUUGCUGGAAAGCGGCGGAAUAAAAAGAUAUAAGUCACUAGAAGGAGCACAAAGCAAGUGCCUUUUCACCAACUACCUAAACAAUGAAAUAGCAAACCAGGCCAGAAAAUAUAAUACAUCAGAACUAGACACCAGCACAGGAAAGCCCAUAGGAACUAUAUUAGAUAGCUCGAGUAAAGGAAGCUCUACCAUUAACAGAGGUACAGAUAGUGAGAGUGCUCAGAAUAAACCGCAGCCGUAUGUAUACAACGAGAGCCAUAAUCUGCUGCGCGACUUUGACAAUAAUAUAAUUGGGGCAAUAAACAGAAUGCCUGCAGAGAAGAAAGCAGAGACUAUUGAGUGGCUGAAAAGGGGGCUGGCAGCAAGCGAGCUGCAGAUAUCCCUAAACUCCACAGCUGGUCCUGAAAGCCUUCUGCACCCAGAAAGCAGCCUUCUAUUCCAGCCCUCUGCGCAAAAAAGGGUAUCAGAGAAGAUAAAAGAGGCAGUAGAAGAAAUAAAAAAGACAAGUGAAAAAAACAGCGCAAUGGAGAAGAGAAUUACAGAGCUAGAAAAAGAAGCGGCUGCUCAGGAUGCAGCACUCUCCAAAAUAAGCAAAGACACUGCAGAUUUAACAAACAGUGCAUCAGAGAUGGAAAACACAGCCAGUGCACUUGACAAAGACAUUGCGGCUUUUGACAAAACUGUGCAGAGCCUCAAAAAGCAGAUUGAACAGCAGAAAGAACAAGAAAAAGCAAGAAAAGGGGCUAUAGGUGAUUUAAAAAAGAAAAAUGAGCAGGAAUGGUCUAGUAUAAACACUCUACUCGGCACAGGUGAAAUUACAGCAAGAGGAAAAAACAAAAAAGGGACGAAAAAAACUGAGCUGGUCAGUGCAGACAUAAAAAAGAGCACACAGGAAAUAAAGCAGCUUCUGAAAGGUAUGGAGGAUAAAGCUGCUGCGCUAAAAAAACAAAGAAACACAUCUGAGAAGCGCACCGAUGAAGCCUUGUCAAAAAUAAAGAACUAUCCAAAACUAGAAGGUGCAAUAAAGAAGAUGUGCCGUGUAGAAAUAUCUAUGGAUGCAGCCAGCAAAAAAGGCAAGAAAUCUUCUGGCAAAUCCAGCAACAAGCAACCAUUGGCACAUACAGUGACUACUGCUAUAUGCGAUGCUGCAAAAAAAACAAACAGCCCGCAUGAAAAGGCACUAUGCUCGCUCUCUGUUAAGGAUAUAUGUGCUGAGGACUCUAAGGAGAAGAGCGAGCUACAAAAAAGCUUGGAAAAGUGUGAAAAACAGCCUUCUUUAAAGAGUGAUAUACAAAAGCAGGAGAAUACAGUUCAGCAGCAAAUAAAAGACAUACAAGGUCUUUCAGACAGUAUAAAAUUCACUGCACAGCUAUUGAAUGAUACAGAAAAGGCUAUUCUAUUGGCAAGAGAAUCAAAGGAAAGAGAACGUGCGUCUUUCUCAGAAACAGUUGCACACCUGGAGGAGGCGCUCAAACAGCCGCUCCAAGCAGUAAUCAACACUCUGCAAGAUGCAAAACAGCACAUGCCCCUAGCCGAAGAUUUGCCUUUCGUUCUAUCUGAAACAGAUUCGGGCGGUAUAGAUUCAUCCAUUCGCUCUCUUGAUAAAGCAAUUAACUCUCUUCGCUUGCUUAACACGUAUAUGUAUCAGAGAAGUGAUAAGCUUAUGGAUGAGUCACAGGAAUGUCAAAUGAGCUUGUCAGAAGCAACAGAAGAACCAACAACAGAGGAACAAGAGCGCAUUCGGCCUACUGAAAUCACUUCUACUCUAAAAACCGAGAAUGUUUCCAUAUUAGAGACUACAUCCGAGGAAACUCUUGCCCCCACUGUGGCUUCUAAUAAUAGUAUUUCUAAAAGUUCUCUGCCUUCUAUUCCAGAAGAGCCCACUACAACAGAAGAAGUUAUAUCUACUGCAGAAACAAUUAUACCGACUGUGCCGGCUAUAGAUGAAUCUAUUACUAUAACAGAAAAAGCAGUAGAUGAAACUCCUGCCACAGAAAAGUCUUUUGUUGGCACAGAAACAUUUAUACCUACUUUAUCUACUAUAGAUGAAUCUAUUAACACAGCAGAGGAAUCAUUGCCAGAAGAAUACACUGGUGCAGAAGAAAAUUUAUCUACUACACCUACUGAAACAAAUCCAGCCAUUCUAGAAACCUCUUGUAAUACUACAGAUGAAAUCCCAUCCACAGAAUAUUUUGAUAUUAAUGAUCUGGAUGAUAUUUUCAAAAUAACUAUGUCAGGGGAACUUACACCAGAAGAAAAAAUAAAGCCUCUAUUUACCUGCGAGGAAACAGAAACAGAUCCUCUAACUUCGCCUGAAAUAUCAUCCUCACCUUCUGUACCCACUACAUCUGAAAUACCUACUACAGUUAAAAUACCUACUACACCUAAAGUAUCAUCUUCAUCUUCUAUACCCACUACAUCUGAAACACCUACUACACCUAAAGUAUCAUCUUCACCUUCUGUACUCACUACAUCUGAAAUACCCACCACAUCUGAAACACCUACUACACCUAAAGUAUCAUCCUCACCUUCUGUACCCACUACAUCUGAAAUACCUACUACAGUUGAAACACCUGCGAUCUCAGCAUCACCAGUGCUACCUACAGUGCCACUCGCAGUAGGAACCAUACUACCUAGUGCCAUAGAGAAAAAUAAAACUACUGAAAAUAAAACAAAGCGGCCAAGAACCAAAAUAAAGCUUGGGCCUCGCCUGCACAAGAACAACACAUACGUAAACCGGCCCCUUCAAAUUGAAAAUAUCCUUUAAGGCCUAUUUGCUCAAAAACAGCUAGACAGA